UUUCGGCUAUUAAUUCAAAAAUAUUGUAAUGUAAUCCGACAUGUUGUCGAUAUCGAUGAUCAUUUGGCGGUUAGGCGAUGCGAAGCGUGAAUGGCUACUUACUGAAUAAUGCAUAUGGUCAAAAGUUCACGUAAUAAACAAAGGGAGAAACUCUUUCCGAGUCCUUUGUAAUACUCAGUAAUCGUAGGUUACUCCAUAUUUUGUAUACAGUUUAAACUGUUCAUGGCAUCUUGUUUUUCUUCGCAAUGUUCACUUUGUUAUACGGAUUAUGGAAAUAUCUUUUCCAAAAAGACGAAUAUUUCAUUCUCAUCUUAGGAUUAGACAAUGCCGGAAAAACAACAUAUUUAGAACAAACAAAAACGAAAUUUACUAAAGGAUAUAAAGGCAUUAGUCCCCAUAAAAUAACGACAACAGUUGGCCUUAACAUUGGUAGAAUUGAUAUUCAUGGAAUAAGAUUAAAUUUCUGGGAUCUUGGUGGUCAAGAAGAAUUACAGUCUUUAUGGGAUAAAUAUUAUGCAGAAUCUCAUGCUGUCAUUUACAUAAUCGACUCUUCGGAUAAAGAAAGGCUACAGGAAUCAAAGCUUGCAUUUGAAAAAAUGGUUGCAAGUGAAGCUCUUCAUGGUGUUCCAUUACUUGUGGUGGCAAAUAAGCAGGAUGUUCCAGAUUGCUUGACAGUGACAGAAAUUAAAAAUGUAUUCAGAGAGAGUAAUCAUUUAAUUGGUCGAAGAGAUUGUCACGUUUUAGCUACUUCGGCUCUUUGCGGAGAUGGCAUAAAUGAAGGUAUUGAGUGGGUAACUCAUUGUGUGAAAAGAAAUUUAGCCAAACCUCCCAAACGAAGUGAUGAUACUUGACCGUUUUCCAGAUUUGAAACCAAACUUGUAUAUGGAUAUUUCAUUUGUAUGU